AUGCUUCCUCUUAAGUCUCUGUUAAACCCAGAGCCGGAAAGGCAGUCUCGUGGCCCCCCUCUAACGAGCCCAUCCACGAAGCCACGCAAGAUGCCCAAGGAUGCCCCAGUCUUUCUGCCUGGUAAAAUCCAGGGCCAAUGUCGCUUCCCUCCAUGCGAGGAGAGAGACGAGGAGCUUACCAGGAUUCACAAGGAGUUCAAGCUCCGCCCCAUGGGCAACAUCGCUGAUUUUCCUCGGCAAAUCCCUUAUGCCAGUGACAAGAAGACCUUCCAACAAAAGACUGGGCGUGAUAGCUUCCAUGGUGAGUUGCACUGUCUCUCAAGAUGGCAUAAAUUUCCUGACUUUUAUACAGUCUUUCAAUAUACGUUCCAGAUCCCCGGCGAGGAAAAGGAGUGGCACGUUAUGUGGGAUUACAACAUUGGUAUCGUGCGAAUCACACACCUGUUCAAAUGCAACGGUUAUGCCAAGACCACACCGGGGAAGAUGCUCGCACAGAACAAUGGUCUUCGUGACAUCUGCCACAGCAUCACUGGCGGAGCACUUGCAGCUCAAGGCUAUUGGAUGCCUUACGAUGCCGCCAAAGCCAUGGCCGCGACAUUCUGCUGGAGGAUCCGCCACGUCCUCACCCCCCUGUUUGGUACUGACUUCCCAGCGAUGUGUACUCAUCCAGACGAGCGGAGACGCCACGGCGUUAUGGUCAUUGAUCCCGAGAUCAUCCGCCUUGCUACAGAUAAGGCGAAUUACUUCCGCUCUCUGGAGAUGCCAUCCUCACCACGCUCUGCGCGUGCUCCUGUGAGAUACCACAUUGUCCGUGGCCCGGAGGCACACAAUUACGAAGAGCCUCCUGUCAAGCUGCCCCCACUCAAGUACCCACGGCACAGAUACGCAGACAGCAUUGCCAGUGCCCGUGAAUCAUCCACUGAGCCGUAUGCUCUGUCCCCGAAGAGCCAGUCUCCGUGCUCUUCGUUCACUCCGAUCAACCCCCCGCGAAGCAUUCAUAGCCUGCCUCGCUCGCAAGUCACCUCCCCGAAGACCCUCCUCCGCGUUAUCUCAGAUGCCAUACGGAAUGACAAGGAGUCCGGUAUGAGUGAAGACAGUGAUGUUGAGAGCGACGGGUCUUCGAAUUUGUAUUCCACCCCGAACUGUCCGUCCUUGGACAUGUGCAACGAAGACAAGAUAGCCGAGGAGCAAUCUGAUAUCGAUACGCGACGAAGUGAUUCCGAAAUCACAGAUUCGGAUGAGGAAUACGUAUCGGACGACGACCGGGACGAAGACUACCGUGGUCCUCCCACGUCCGCCUUGGGCAGACUGCUCAAGGGUAAGGGCAAGUCGACCAGCCCAGGUUCGUGGACAAAGAAAAACCCCAAUCGAAAGUCCCGCAUCUCUCACUUCACCAGUGAGGUCAAGGCUGCUGAGGCGCUUCUUCGGUUGCAUACGAAUGACCUUGUGGACAAUGAGGCCGAGGCUGAAGCCCAGACUGAAAGUGACCACAAGGAUUCGCGUUCGAAUAUCGAGACCCGGUCCCGAAUGGGAUUGUCCCGUGGCAGCAAGCGGCGCCGGGCAUCUGUUUGA